CAUUGAAAUGAUAUUUGUUAUAAUCGCAGUCUAUUUUGGUUUUCAGAUUAUUGUAAGAAUGCACAAUAGCAGAAAUGAACUAAAGUUAUGCAAAUACAUUAUUAGACUGAUUCAACUUAAAUUGAAUGCACUGAGCAAAAAACGAGGGUCAGAUCAGAUAUAAAUAGGCUUCCUGAAAGUAACAAAAACACAUUAUUUCUUUAUAUACUGGCGGUGUCUUGGUGUUCAUUCCAUUAAUGCAAAUAGUUUAACUGUCUCUUUGCUUCAUGCGAAUAAACAUAAAAAUAGAAAAUAAAUAGAAAAUAAUCAUCACCGAUUAAAAAUGAUUCCUAUCAUGUUUUCAGAAAGAUUACCUCCAAUUGAAAUAAUUUUCCAUAUAACUACAAAAUAAUGUUGAUGUUUCAUGGGCGUGGCAAGGACGAGGGACGGCCACACCCCCGCACGCUUAUCAUUCCACGCGCUGCCUACUGCCGAUCACUGAGUGGGCGGGUAUAUAAACAUACACACGAGUAACAGGUAAAAUUAUCAUUCUCGAAACUUUCAUAGAGACAGUGACCUGAACUCCUCUGCAAUGCCCCUGAGCACAUGCGAAUACCAGCUGCUGUUUCUGCUUUGUUUUCUCAUGAAGAGCUGUCACGCUUUCAAAAACGAUGCAACUGAAGUGUUUGACGGGCGCGCGCUUUCAUCCUCCCACGAGACUCCGAAUAAUGCGUCAUUAAAUAGAGCGCGCAAUGGAGGGAGACGCGCGGACACUGGAGACCAAACCGAACAGCACCAGGUCGGUUGCAGGGAGCUGAGAUCCACUAAAUACAUAUCUGACGGCCAGUGCACCAGCCUGAAUCCUGUAAAAGAGCUGGUGUGUGCCGGGGAGUGUCUCCCCACGCACCUGCUGCCAAACUGGAUCGGCAGGGGUCACUACUGGAACAGACGGGACGCUCAGGAGUGGCGCUGCGUCACCGACCGCACACGCACCCAACGCAUCAAACUCCAGUGUCAGGACGGCAGCACGCGCACCUACAAGAUCACAGCCGUCACGUCCUGCAAAUGCAAGAGAUAUGCGCGCCAACACAACGACUCAUCUCAUGCACUCGAAGGUCCAUCGAAGGAUCAUCCUGUGCAGAAUCCCAAAAAGAAAAAGAGCAGAAAUAAAAAUGCAAAGCAGAACCCUUGAAUAAACAGAUGGGUGGAUCUCUCACAAGUUGAAUGAUACUGAUGUAGACUUGUACCAGUACAACCCUGAUCCUUGAAGGAAAGUGAAUUUGAACUACAAUAACACUGACUUGGAUUGCGACAAGAGCUGUUUUUAUUUUAUUCUCCUUUAUUUGAUGUGGACUCAAAUGUGUUGUAUGCUGUGUAUGCGUACUUUUGUUUAGGGUGGUUGAUGUUUCGUACAAAUAAUCUUAUUUUAUACGAUUACAUGUGGCUGAGAAGUAAACAUAACAAUAAGUGAAAUCUGAACCUUAUAUACAGCUACGUAAAUAUUUGCAUUUCAUAUUUUUGUAGUUUCUUUUAUAUAUUUUUAUAUAAUAGUUUGUUUAUGAAUGUUUUACAUUUACAUUUAUACGGUUGCAUGUACAGAGUACAAUAAAUCAAGAUGUUUACAAAGUUUGAAAAGUGUUUUAUAAACUGAAGACCACAGAUGUUCAAGGCAAUAACAUGCACUACA